AUGAUAAAGGCAUUGUAUUCUCUUGUCAUAUUGUCAGUCCUUCCUUUGAUUCUUUAUAUUCAUCCUUUAAUAUGCUUGUAUGUCGAAGAUACCUUAAAAAUUCCCCUUGCCGAUAUAAAAUCGGGGGAUUACAUAAAAUUCUGUUGUGAUCUGUUUUGCUCAUUUUAUAAAUAUGAUAUAUUUAAGAAGACAUUUAUUUUUUUAAAAAAAGAAAAUAAUAUAACUGUAUAUAAUUGUUAUGGUAUUAUAAAGGUUUAUUAUUCCAAGAAAUAUUUAUUUUAUUUCUCUACAUUUAUAAAUGUAGAACAAAAUAAUAUUAUUGAAAUUGUCGAUUCUUUUGAUAAGGAUAAAAUUUCGAGAUAUGUUUUUUUCACACCUCUUUUUGAAUAUACUACUACAAAAAAGAAUAACAUGGUUUAUUAUAUUCCAUUUGGAUAUUAUAAAUUCAAGAAAUUAAAAAAUGAAACAUUAAAUCAUAAGAAGACACAUAAUAAUGAUAAUAAUAUAUUUUCUAUAAAUAAACAGAAGGUUAAUUAUUACACAUAUGGACAACAUAUACAACAAAUUAAUAAAUUAAAAGAGGAUAUAUAUAAAUAUAAAAAAAAUAGAAAAAAUAACAAAUACAUAAUAUUUAUAAAAAAUAGUUCUACAUAUAUCAUUCCAUUAUCUUUUUAUUAUAAUAACAGUAUGAAUUUAAAAAAAUGCAUACCUCAACUUAUUAAAUAUAACAUCCAUACGAGUAAUAAUAAUAUUAAUAAUAAUAAUUAUUAUUAUUAUUAUAAUUAUUGUUAUUAUUUUUGUUGUUAUUAUAUCAAGAAGAAUUAUAUUUUAUCUAUGGGACAGAAAAAAUUAAUUUUUAAAGAAUUCAUUUUUAAUAAAUAUAAAGAAUUUCAAUAUAUAAUUGAACAAAAUGAAAAAAAUAAAUUAAUAUUAUAUGUCAAUUACAAUAUGACAAAAAAAUAUAAAACAUAUAACAAUCUAAUCGAUACAGAAAUUUAUAAAUUUCUAGAAAUAUUAUUUUUUAAUAAUACUCAUCAUAACCCUCAAAUUUUAUAUUCAAAAUAUAUGGAUAUAAUAACAUCACAUAAUAUUAAAAAUAAUAAUAAUAAUAUUAAUAGGGAUAUUAAAAAUUAUAAUGAAAAUAAAAAUAUCGAAUUAUUAGAUAAUUCAUCAAAUUAUAAAGAUCAACAAACACAAUCAAUGUUAUUCUUAUCUAUUUGUCUCUUUAUGUUCUUUUUUCUAUUAUUUAUUUAUGUAAUUAUAAGGGGAAAAAAAAAUAAGAACAAUCUAAUAAAUAAAGAAAUCAACAAUAAUCCAUAUAAAGAGAAAAAUUUUAAAAGACUGGCUGAAAUACAUGUAGAAUAUAAAAAAAAAAUACAAACAAACCUUGGAUCAAAAAUAAAAGAUAUAACUGAUCAUGAUUUAAUAAAACUCAUAACAUAUAAUAAAGCAGAAACGAUUGUCGUAUGUCAACCAUAA